CCUCUCUCUCAUGGUUUUCACGCGAUAAGCAGAUCCAUUGGAAACAUGGCUUCCACUGACGACAUACCUACCACCGCGUUUGUUAUCCCAUCUGUUGAUAUCUCUAGUUUCCUGCUCGACCCAUCCUCCCCGGCAGCCGAAACCGUCGUGUCGGAGAUUCGCAAUGCCUGCAUGACCAGCGGCUUCUUCCAGAUCACAGGACAUGGCAUAUCGCCCGCUUUGCAAGAUACCGUCAUCACGGCCGCAAGGACAUUCUUCUCACUAUCCAAGGAAGAAAAGAUGAAGUUUGCGGGCACCGUUGGGAGGGGCUAUGAGGUGAUUGGAGCGCAGGCCCUGGACCCAAGCACGAAGCCAGAUCUCAAGGAGGGAUACUUUGUCGGCCGCGAAGAUCCCAACCGCUGCCCGCCAUACCGACCAUUCGAGCAUCCCAAUGUCUGGCCAACAGCAGUAAUCCCGGACCCAGAGUUCCGAGAGCCCCUGCUUGCAUACCACGCCGCUCUUACCGACCUGGCGCUAAAGGUCAUGGCGAUCCUCAGCCGCGGCCUGGUGGGCCUCACACCAGAGCUCCUCGCCGAUUUCUGCCGCGAGCCCGUCGCCAGCGUCCGGCUCCUCCACUACCCACCACAUCCCGCCGACGAAGCUGACCCCAGCGUCGUGGGCGCUGGCGCGCAUACGGACUUUGGCGCCAUUACGCUGCUCUUCCAAGAUGGACAGUCUGGACUACAGGUCCUCAACCGGGAUACGCAGACGUGGAUCGACGUGCAGCCGAACCGCGAUGCGUAUGUGGUGAACGUAGGCGAUAUGCUGGAUUGGUGGACGGCGGGAAAGUACAGAAGCAGCGUCCACCGGGUGAUCAAUACAAGUGGAGUGGACCGGUAUUCGAUCCCAUUUUUCUUCGAUGGGAAUCUGGACUUUGUUGUAAGGCCGCUAGAGGAUCCGGCUGCGGUAGGGGUGACCGUGGAGCAGCAUCUGGCGGCCAAGUAUGAGGAGAUUUAUCUUUGAGAAUGAAUGUAUACAGUUAGUUUAGGGCCGUAGAAGCGGAAUUAGACUUGGUAUGAGCUGCAAUUGGCUGGUAAUGGACACAAGGCUCAAUUUCAGGUAGCACAUCUUCGAAGCUAUUGAAUAUAGCUAUGAGCAUCCUAGUGAAGAAAGCAGAUUAAUUUAAUUACACCAAAUCAGCGCACCCAUCCUCAAC